GAUGAUGCUGACAAACCAAGUACUAAUCUAAAGAAAGAGAAGCACUUUAUGAUCUUGACAAACCCUGAACUCACAUUAUCUUAUUAAUCUUAAACAAAUUAUUUGUUUUUCAUCUUUAAUUUUUCUCAUGAAAUAUUACUGGAGCUUGAACUGAAAACUCAUAGUUAAGUUCACGGAAUUCCCCAAAUCACAUGGACAAAUAAUAAUUUCUCCCAAUGUGAUUGGACAUAGAAGCCAUUUCAUAAUGGGUCUUCAAGAUGGUUUAUUCUGUCAGUAACCGGCGUUUGCAUGCAUUCCAAGUCCCCAAACACCAUGCUAUGACCCUGGUGAAAAAAAAAAAAUCAAUUUCAAAUUCAUAGAUAUGUCCUCAAUGGAAUUCCUGCACCCUGUCCUCGUUUCACGUUCCCACACACUGAGGUCAACCAUGAAGCAGCACAUAAGGGACUUAACCAUGUUUGUGUUGGAUGGAUGGAGCAUUUGGUUUGGUCCUCUCACUUUAGUGCUGCCUCUGACAUUGACACGAGACUGCUCCAUUCCCAGCCUUAAUAUUUCCACCUCUAAGGAAAUGAAUUGUAUGUAAUUAUGAGGAUAUUCCCAUCAAAUUUUCAUUUAUUUUUUGUCAUACAGAACCACACUUCAAAUGAAUCUAUUUGAUAAAUUGAACAAGCAGCUCAAGCAACCAUGAUUACACAUACACAUAACCCAGUCUCACAUGGUUUACCCGAAAGACUGAUGCAAUUUCUCUGCAUCACUGUCAGCCUUCAUUUCCAUGUAUUAAUAUAGAGUAAGCCACAAAACACAGCUCAAUUACAUACAAUCUCUAAAGAUGAUCUGUGAUUGGUCUAUCGAUUGCUUGUUCUCAUCGAGCAUAACAGCUCAACUUUAUGAAUGACCCAUCUGGAGAUGUCUGUAGCUGUUUAUGUGUACAUGAGUCCAGACUGGACCAGUCCUAGUGCAUCUAACGUCUGACAGCCACUGCAUUCAAUUAACACCUGAUUUCUCCUGUAUACAUGCAGUUCGGCAGAACAUUUCAUCCCUAGGUGUCGCUAACCGAAAUCAAGCUCCUCAAGUUGCUUUGUCAACCGUUCCUUCUUUACAAGUUGCAAACAGUAAGAGAGGUAGGAGGACUCGAUUCAUAUAUUAUGUUUCAGUGUAUGUUGUCCGAAUUACCCCCUUCACCAUGCCCUGAAUGAAUCCAGAGUCCUGUACUCUUUGUACUUGCAGAACACCUACCCUUGACCCUACUAUUCCCACUUUUCAUAGUAUCAAGAUAUACCAGUAAAAAUAUACUGGUUUUACUGUAUUUACUUAAUUGAGUACUUUGUUGUAUGAAUAGCUCCAUCCAGAAUCAUCAUGGAAGCUCCGUACCAAAUGCUUUAGAGACAUUAAAGUCUUUGAAAAUGGAGGACUUGAUGAAUCAGGAGGGAAGUGUUCAAAUCAUGUUGACUUUGUCAGAUUAACAGGUUAUAGUGUUUCUCAUCUGAGUGUGGAGGAGAACACUGAAUCUGAUAUAAUUGGGCAGUGGCUCACAUACGAGAAACCUCUACAUUUUUUUGUUAAAGUGGGCCCUCUAAAACAAUUUCCAGGCAGAAUGAUUGACAUAUCCAGGCAGCUUCAGAGAUCAUUUUACUGGAGAUAUCUCUGUUUCACGUCCUUUAGUCAGUGGAUGGGGAAAAAUGCUGCAGAGGAGGCCUGACCUCAAUCCAGAUCUCGAUAAUGUGAAGCCCUCCAUUUCUCCCAAAUGCCCUGGAAUCAUCUCAUGAGUGAAGGACACGGAGGCUUUAUGAGCGUAACUCAGUGCAAGAAGAUUUGUCAGACCCAUUGGGUUGAGGGCACUGGCCAGUUGGUCCACCAAGUGUCCCUGGUAGGUCAGGUUAAUGCCAUCGGUUUGUUAUGUUAUGCCAAGAGCAGCAUCCAAGCAUAAAGAUUCACUUCACUUUGAAAGUAGGACAGACUCCCUGUGAGUCCUGGAUAAACAUUGUUUGGUUUCUUUAGAGGCUAUGGGGAAAUAGAUAGGAAGUUAUUUCUUAUUUGCUUGUGCUAUUUCUCAUUUUGGAGCUGACAGAAUCAAUACUGAAAAAAAUGCUUUGUCUUUCAUUUUUACGGCAGUAGUUUUGUGAAGAGGAUACAGUUUGUGUAUCCGUCUUCGACCUGAGACGCUUUGUUAUUUCGGGGGCAUGGAAAAUAGAAGCCAUUGUUUUAUUCUCAUGUUUAAAAGUUCCAGCUCCUUCACUACACCCUUCCAUCAUUUCAGUGAGACAACUCUCCAUGAGCAAUAGAAUAUAAAUACAGCGGAUGUAAAUUUCAAAUCGCAUGUGCAUUAGCAUUCUGCCGAGAUUGAAAAUUGCAUCUGUUCGUGUUUAACGUCCGUGUAACAUUCCUGUUUUUAUUUUCCUCUUCAUCCCUAUGGUUUGCUCGAGGUGAACUCUCUAAUAACAACGCCGCUUCUCCAUUCAUCUUACGGUGAUCUUACAUCUAAUACCGCUUCUGCUGUUUCAGACCAUCUAAACCUCGCAUGCCAUGGUGCCUCUCUUCUGCAGCGCCGCCGCAACUCGCACACACUUACCCUAAACACAGCCACAUGUCUCUCCCCUUUUUGCAAGACUGCGAAUGUUUCAGUCACUCCAAUCGCUGCAGUUACAUCGAGGUGCUAAACACCGUCAUUUGCGUGAGCUGUAAGCACAACACUAGAGGGCAGCACUGCCAGCUGUGCAAGCUUGGAUACUACCGCAAUGCCUCAGCAGAGCUGGACGAUGAGAAUGUUUGCAUAGACUGUAAUUGUAAUCCCUUUGGCUCAGACACUGAUCGCUGUAAUGGCACAGGAUAUUGUAAAUGUAAGGAGGGAGCGACAGGGGCUAAGUGCCAUGAGUGUCUGCCAGGAUAUUUGUGGGACAAUGGCUGCAAAUCCCAGGUAUGCAACAAUGAACUUCUGCGUUGCCAAAACGGCGGUGUGUGUGUCAACAAUAUCCGUUGUCAGUGUCCGCCGACAUACACCGGCCUGCUGUGUGAGAAACCGCGGUGUGAAAACGAGCCAGGCGGCUGCGGAGGGUCGGACUCGGGCCAGGCUUACCUCCACCCCCCUGGGCUGAUCUUGCUUAUGCUGCUGUCCAUCCUGGGUCCUGUUUUCCUCGUGGAGAUCUGCUAGACCACAGUCCUUUGAGAGGCAGAUCUCCAACUGUCCAGCUUCUUCUGUAUGAGCAGCGCACCAGACGCACCGACACCCGGCCGGCCAUGUGGAAUGUGCCCAAACAUCAAAGCGAAAUUUCUGAUGAUGACAGACAAAAUACAAUAAACAAUGCAUCAAUAAAAAUAGUAUUUAUAAAACUGAUUCAAUAUAAAAAUCGAAAAUUUAAACAAAGAAAACAUCAAAGUGUUAUUUAUAGAAUUUACCAGAGCAUAUGCUUCAUGAAGCAAAUAAGAGGAAGUAGAGACUAAGCCAGAACUAAGCCAUAAUAGAUACUCACUCCUCUAACAGAGUGAGAGGGAUUGAAGCGGACAAGACUCAUCCCUUUCCUCCCUUUAUCAUCACGUCAACGGGAGCUGUGCCGCCUCUCACCUGAGCCAUUCUGGGUAUCAUGUUGGCUGUAGACUGCUUUUGGCUAUUGUGACACGGAGCGAUGGAAAACUGUCCGGAUUGUGUGAACUGGCAAUUACAAAAAAAAAAAAA